AUGGUUUUGGAAUUGAAUUUGUGUCAAGUUUUGCAAUUCGACGGAAAUGUGGACUUAAUCACUGGAAAUCGCAUAGAUUGGACUCAAAAGGCCAAGAAGCUCAAAGCUGUCUACGAGAAGCUCUUCUGCGCAGGGUUUUCCUAUAAUCAAAUUGAACUUGCUCUCUCUUCGCUUAAGGAUGAUGCUACUUUUGAGGCUGCUCUUGAUUGGUUAUGCUUAAAUUUGCCGGGCAAUGAACUUCCUUUAAAAUUUUCUACUGGGACUUCUCAGCACUUGAAUGGAGGAGCUUCUGUUUCUGUCAUAUCGGUUGUACGGGAUUGGAUUCCAUCUGAUGGUUCAUCAGCAAAUACUGAUGAGGAAGUGCAAAAAAUUUCAGUUAGGACCAAGGGGCAUCAAGGUUAUGAUGCUCUAGAUUCACGCCAACCAUCUCAAGCAGAUUGGAUCCGACAAUAUAUGGAACAACAAGAAGAGGAAGAGUAUGAAAGUUGGGAAGAUUAUGCAAUUGACAAGAGUUCCAUCAAGGAGGUCUCUAAACCUAGGUCAUAUGAUGUUAUUGCUAGAGAGUACCUUGAGGCUCGUUUGGAAGCUACAAAAGCUAAAGAAAAACGGGACAAGAAAAGCCAGGAACAAGCAGGAGAUAUGAUCCGCAAACUCAAGCAAGAGUUGUCUGCUUUAGGAUUGUUAGAUAAUGCCUUGGCAUCAGAUUUUGAGCUUGAACGUGCUUCUGCUUAUGCUUCAGCAAUACAGUUUCUAGAUCCAUGCCUUAUGAUGACCCUGAGGUUGUAACAUCAGAUGAAAUAUAUGGUGGUUCAGAUUUUGUUGAGCAUACAGAUUAAUCAAUAGUUUGUGGAAACAAGGAGUUUCCACUCAAACCUAUUCCCUCUGGAGUAUCUGUUCAGGAGAAAGCAGAGGAUAAUGAGUCAGGGGAUGUGGAGCUUGGUGGAUUCUUUUCAGAAGAUGCUCCAUCCAGUGAAGCAUUACCUACUGAAAUUAUGAAAUUACAGAAGAAAGAAAAGAUGAGAAUGUUAUGUAGUGACAAGAAUAUAGAGAAAUUAGAUGGCAUCUGGAAGAAGGUGUUGAUUCAUCUGGUGAUAUGGACAUUGGAUCCCACUGGAAUAGAUAAUAGCUAUAUACUAGUAUAUUGUUUUGGCAUUUUGAAACUGAGGUGUAAGACUAAUCAUAUUCCUCAAUAAUUUUCAGCACAAAUGGAUUUUGUGAUCUGAUGAGACUAACAACACUUUGGUAUAUAGAAGGAAAAAUAAGGGCGCAAACAGAGGAUUGAGAGACUCAGGUCAGGCUUU